AUGCAUGGGGUUGAGAAGGUUGCGGUAGAGGAUGUAUGGGGGAUUGGUAAGGCGAUAGGGCUCCAAUUUAAGGGGGAUACUCAUAAUAUGUUUGGUGCGCUAGCAAGAAAUGGGAAAGGUAGGGUUACGUCGCGGAGUCAGGAGGUGUCGGAGGGAGGAGGGUUUGAGAAGAGGAAGGAGGUUCGUUCUUUGGUUCUUGAGAAAAGGCCUAUUAUUUUGUGUUUACAAGAGACUAAAUUGCAAGUGGUUGAUCUUGGGGUGGUUUCUUCUUUGUGGGGGGAUUCGCCUUGUUCCUUUUCGUUCCGUCCUUCUUGUGGGGCGUCUGGGGGGUUGUUGUCAGUGUGGGAUACUUCAGAGGUGGAGGUGUGGUCUUCUGUUAGUCGUGACCAUACGCUUAUAAUUAAUGGCCGUUUUAUUAAGUCUAAUGAGGAGUUCUACUUGUUUAACAUUUAUGCUCCUUGUGAUGGAGCAGCUAGGAAGUUGUUAUGGGAUUCUUUAACUCUGCGUUUACAGCUUUUGAGGGGUCGGAAAAUAUGUGCCUGCGGGGAUUUUAAUGAUGUCCGGUGUAGUGAAGAAAGAAGAUCAGUGAAUGCAAGAUAUUCCUCUUUGGAUUUUUCUCAUUUCAAUUCAUUCAUUGACGAAAAUUCUCUGAAUGAUUUGCCUUUGGGAGGUCGUAAGUUUACUUGGUUUAAAGGGGAUGGGAGAUCUAUGAGUCGGCUUGAUCGAUUUUUGCUUUCGGAGGAUUGGUGUCUGGCUUGGCCAAAUUGUUUACAGAUAGCUCAGUUGCGAGGUUUAUCGGAUCAUUGUCCUUUGGUGUUGUCUGUUGAUGAGGAGGAUUGGGGUCCUAGAUCGUCCAGGUUAUUAAAGUGUUGGACUGAUAUUCCGGGUUAUAAGCAGUUUGUUAGUACUAAAUGGAAAUCUUUUCAGGUCGACGGCUGGAGUGGUUAUGUGUUAAAGGAAAAGUUCAAAUUGAUUAAAGUGGCCCUUAAGGAAUGGCAUGUCAACCAUACUCAAAACUUACCAGGUAAGAUAACCGCACUAAAGGACAGGUUGGCGGAGUUAGAUGCGAAAGGAGAAGGCGAGUUGUUGUCUGAUGUUGAGUGUGUUGAGAUGCGUGGUAUUGCAACAGAUAUUCAAUCUUUGUCCCGUCUUAAUGCUAGUAUUUGUUGGCAACAGUCUCGAGAGAUUAGAGAAGCAGUGUGGGAUUGUGAUAGUGAUAAGAGUUCAGGUCCUGAUGGGAUUAAUUUUGGCUUCAUUAAGGAGUUCUGGCUUGAUAUGAAGGAUGAGAUUGUGCGUUUUGUUUCUGAAAUUCACCGCAAUGGGAAGCUUUCCAAAGGUAUCAAUACUACUUUCAUUGCUCUCAUUCCUAAAGUAGCUAGUCCUCAAAAGCUCAAUGAUUUUCGUCCUAUUUCGUUGGUGGGGAGUCUGUAUAAGAUUUUGGCUAAGCUGCUAGCUAAUAGAUUGCGGGGGGUUAUUGGUUCUGUUGUUUCAGAGUCUCAGUCGGCUUUUGUCAAGAAUAGACAAAUUUUAGAUGGUAUUCUAAUUGCUAACGAAAUUGUCGAUGAAGCUUGUAAAUCUAAAAAAGAGCUUAUGUUGUUUAAGGUGGAUUUUGAGAAGGCUUAUGAUUCGGUGGACUGGGGUUACUUAGAUUCUGUUAUGGGGUGCAUGUCUUUUCCUGUUCUCUGGAGAAAAUGGAUCAAAGAAUGUGUCAGCAUUGCCACAACGUCUGUUUUAGUUAAUGGAAGUCCAACUGAUGAAUUCCCGUUGAAGAGAGGGUUAAGACAAGGCGACCCUUUAUCUCCUUUUUUGUUCUUGUUGGCGGCGGAGGGUCUUAAUAUUGUGAUGAAAUCAUUGGUUGAGGCUCAAUUGUUCUCUAGCUACAACAUUGGGGCCGUUAAUCCGGUUGUUGUUUCUCACCUCCAAUUUGCUGACGACGCAUUAUUGUUAGGGUCUAAAAGUUGGGCCAAUGUCCGUGCGUUAAGGGCGGCCCUUGUGCUGUUCGAGGCUAUGUCGGGUUUGAAAGUGAAUUUUCAUAAGAGUAUGCUGGUGGGGGUGAAUAUUGGGUUGUCCUGGUUAUAUGAAGCUGCAUCCGUGUUGAGUUGUAAAGUUGGAACUGUCCCUUUCUUGUACCUAGGUAUUCCUAUUGGUGGUAACACUCGAAGAUUGUGUUUCUGGGAACCUAUUGUGAAUUGUAUUAAAUCUAGACUGUCGGGUUGGAAUAGUCGGUUUCUCUCUUUUGGUGGUCGCUUGGUUCUACUCAAAUCUGUCUUGACCUCUCUGCCUGUCUAUGCACUUUCCUUCUUCAAAGCUCCAGCAGGGGAGGCUCCUCUUUGUGUGCGAUUUAGGCGGUUGUUUGAGUUAACAGAGAAUAAGUCUAUGUCCGUGGCCGACUUGCUCUCUGUUGAUUCGGAGCGGUGGGGGGAGGUGUGGAGGUGGAGACGUAGGUUAUGGCAGUGGAAGGAGGAGUUGCUAGAUGAGUGUAGGGCUUUACUUCUUGAUGUUUCCUUGAAUCCUAAUGUUUCAGAUAGCUGGGUGUGGCUUCCGGACCCAUCUGGUGGAUACACAGUUCGAGGCACAUAUAGUUUGUUAAUCUCUCAGGUACCUCCGGUCGCCGACUAUGAUCUGGAUUUCGUGUGGCACAAACAGGUUCCCUUGAAGGUUUCCGUUUUUGCGUGGAGGCUCAUCCGUGAUCGUUUACCAACAAGGACAAAUUUGAUUGCUAGACGGGUGUUGUCGCCUGACAUGUCUUCGUGUGUUGCUGGCUGUGGUCAUCCUGAAUCGGCUCGACAUCUAUUUUUACUGUGUGAUACUUUUGGUUCUCUGUGGCAUUUGGUGCGAGAUUGGAUCGGUUGCUUUGGGGUGGACACAGAUAAUAUUUCAGAUCAUUUUUUAUAG